AUGGGAUUCGGCGGAGGUCCUGGCUUUAUGCGCGGUGGACCUCGUGGGGCUCCGCGUGGUGGUAUGAUGCGAGGUGGCGGUCGCGGUGCACCGCGAGGUGCCCCACGAGGCGGCGGUUGGGGUGGAGCAGCCGGUAACGGCGGCGGAUGGGGCGGACAGCAAUGGAACCAAGGGUAUGGCGACGGUUACAGUGAUGGUGGUUACGGCGGAUAUGAUAGUGGAAAUGGCAACUACGGAGGAAAAGGCUUCUGCUUCAUCACAUUUGAAAACGAGAGCGCGAUGAAGGAGCUGCUCCGUAACCCGAAGCAGACUCUUGGGGGCAAAGAAGUAGAUGUGAAGAAGGCAACUCCUCGCAAUGACCAGAUGGGAUUCGGCGGAGGUCCUGGCUUUAUGCGCGGUGGACCUCGUGGGGCUCCGCGUGGCGGUAUGAUGCGAGGUGGCGGUCGCGGUGCACCGCGAGGUGCCCCACGAGGCGGCGGUUGGGGUGGAGCAGCCGGUAACGGCGGCGGAUGGGGCGGACAGCAAUGGAACCAAGGGUAUGGCGACGGUUACAGUGAUGGUGGUUACGGCGGAUAUGAUAGUGGAAAUGGCAACUACGGAGGCUAUGGCUAUUCAGGCUAUGACAACAACAGCUACGGAGGUGGCUACGAGGGUUACGGACAAGGUCAGGCUGCUGGCGGUGGUGGAGCUCGAGGCGGUCCCCGCGGCGCAGGUCGCGGAGGUCCACGUGGAGGCGCCGGUCGCUACCAACCCUACUAGAGAGCCUUCUAUCCGUACUGCGUGAGACCUUUUUGUUUUGUAUAUUCGCCGGCCUACCUCUGCCUGAGCGUCUCCUGCUGGAAAAAACGAAGGUCAUCCAACUGUUGCACGUCUACUCUCAUCUCAAGUUUUGUACCUUGUCGUUCGCAAAGCUUGGUUUUUAUAUCCAGGAACAAGAAGAAUUUCCUUGAAUGUUUGUUGUUAUCUUGGUUUUUUGUGCUCUUAAUAGAGCUUGAAUUUGUUUCUGGUUAAAGUUAUUGUGCAUUUUUUUGUGGAACGUGUCAGAAUUAAAAGGACCGUUCGUUGUGGUAGACAAAGAAGCUCUUCCUUGCGCCUUGCAAGUAGAGUGAACAACUGCGAGCAAGAAGAAUAAAUUCUCAAACUGUUCUCGGAAGAAAUAA